GCCAUGCAUUUACACUCCCAUAUUGUGAAGUAUUGCCAGUUUAUCUGCCUUACCAAGUGUUUAUCAAGUGUAUUCUUGUUCUGCCUCAUGUUAUGAUCUUCUGCCUGUUUAUUGGAUUCACGUUUCUGGAUUACCCUUUCUGUCUUGUUGACCUUAUUGGAUUGUUUGCCUGUUACCUACCUCUGCCUGUUGUUCUGACCACUUUAGAGCCUUCUGAUUUGGAUUUGUUCAUUAAACUCUUCUGCAUAAUGGAUUCUAACCCGACCUCCAGUCUGAGUUUGUUACAGAAUACUUCGCCUGAUCUGAAUCCAGCAGAAGUGUCACAGAUUCAAGCACCCUUUAACUACCAGAGUGAAAUGUUACAAGAAUUCCAAACACAACUCGCCUGUCUGCGUGUCACUAACGAACAUAUGGCUCAUUAUAUUCAAUCUCUUCCACCGACCAGAACAGAAUCGGAAGCUGACCUCUGCAUAGAGGAACUAUGAUGUGGGCAACAAGGAGCUUCUCUCCAUCAAAGCGGCAUUAGAAGAGCGGCGACACUGGCUAGAGGGGGCGGCCCACCCAUUCCAGGUAAUAACAGUUCUCCAGAAUUUAGAAUACAUUAAGAGUGCAAAACGUCUGAACCUUAGACAAGCAUGGUGGUCAUUGUUUUUAACAAGAUUUCAGUUCACAGUCGCGUAUCGACCCGGCAGCAAAAACUGCAAAGCAGAUGCCCUCUCCAGGAGGUAUGACCCUUCACACGCCUCUAGUCACCAAGACUCCAUUCUACCACCAUCAGUUAUUAUCGCCCCCAUCCAAUGGGACAUUAUGGAAGAUAUUCAGCGUGAACAACAAACAGACCCAACCCCAACAGCAUGUCCCCCUACCAAACAAUACAAACCACAUACUCUCAGACAACGCAUCACCCAGUGGGUCCAUACGUCUCUCAGCACCGGACACCCAAGUAUCCAAAGAACUAUAAGGCUAUUAUUUAAUUCAUUCUGGUGGCCGAGUUUAAUUCAAGAUGUUACUAACUUUGUCUAAGUCUUGCUCCAUCUGUGCACAGUCAAAAAACCCCAGAGAACUUCCCGCUGGACUACUUGAACCACUCCCCAUUCCACAGAGACCCUGUUCCCAUCUGUCUGGAUUUUUUUUCACGGAUCUCCCUAGUUCUAACAGUUUCACCACUGUUUUGGGUAUUAUAGACAGAUUUUAAAAGUCAUGUCGUCUGGUUCCCCUUAAAGGUCUCCCUACAGCUAUGGAAACUGCUAAUGCCUUGUUUCAUCAUGUUUUCAGAGUUUACGGAAUACCAGAGGACAUUGUGUUGGACCGGGGUCCCCAGUUUACUUCAAGUAUGGCAGGCAUUCGGUAAACAGCUAGACAUUAACGUCAGUCUUACCUCAGGCUACCACCCACAGGCUAAUGGACAGGUGGAGAGACUCAAUCAGGAGAUCGGUCGCUAUCUCAGAUCGUACUGCAGCCGUGAACAGGAAAAAUGGAGUGAUUUUCUUCCAUGGGCCGAGUAUGCCCAGAAUUCCCUCACCCAUUCCUCCACAGGACUCGCUCCCUUCCAAUGUGUUCUGGGCUACCAACCAUCCAUGUUCCCUUGGUAAGGUGAACCAUCAACAGUACCAGCAGUGGACGACUGGGUCAGGAGUAGUGAGAAAGUGUGGGUCAGCGCUCAUGUCAGGCUCCAACGUGCCAUCCGGGCUCAUCGAAUUAAAGCCGACCGUAGGAAACGUCCCCACCCCAACUACCAGCCAGGCCAGAGGGUCUGGUUGUCUUCAAGGGAUCUUCGAUUGUGACUACCCUGCAGGAAGCUCAGCCCCAGGUACGUAGGUCCAUUUUGUAUCCUGAGACAAAUUAAUCCUGUGACUUACAAGCUAGAGCUUCCUGCUAACUACUGCUUUUCUUUCCUCCCUUUCAUGUGUCAUUAAAACCGGUCCACCAUGCAUCUGGCCCUGCAACCACAGAAAUGGAACCUCCACCGCCUUUGGAUAUUGAUGGAGCUCCAGCAUACCUGGUCAGAGAAAUCCUAGACUCAAGAAGGAGAGGGGGCCAGAUGCAAUAUUUGGUGGACUGGGAGGGAUACGGACCAGAGGAGAGAUCGUGGGUAGCCGCCAGAGAUAUCUUAGACCCCUCAUUGACCCGCAAGUUCCAUCUAAUCACCCAGCACCUAGACCAAGGGGAUGCCCUAAGAGAAGAACACCAAGAGGUGUUCGGGUGGGGGGGGAUUCUGUAACGUCUGAGCGGUCUCCCGUCCACCAGAGGAAGCCCUUACCUGAAUUCUGGACUGUCACUUCCUGUUUGCCGUGUGUGUGUGUGUGUGUGUGUGUGUGUGUGUGUGUGUGUGUGUGUGUGUGUGUGUGUGUGUGAUAAGCCAUAUAUUUACACUCCCAUAUUGUGAAGUAUUGCCAGUUCACCUGCCUUACCAAGCAUUUAUCAAGUGUAUUCUCGUUCUGCCUCAUGUUAUGAUCUUCUGCCUGUUUAUUGGAUUCACGUUUCUGGAUUACCCUUUCUGUCUUGUUGACCUUAUUGGAUUGUUUGCCUGUUACCUACCUCUGCCUGUUGUUCUGACCACGUUAGAGCCUUCUGAUUUGGAUUUGUUCAUUAAACUCUUCUGCAUAAUGGAUUCUAACCCAACCUCCAGUCUGAAUUCAUUACAUGGAUGAUAUAAAAAUACUGGGAGUACUGAGAUACUUCUGAUACCUAUCAUGUAAAUACUAUGGUAUCUAUCAAAAUACUGUAAUAUACCAUAAUAUUACAAUCCCUUUACUGUGGUACGGUAACAGCUGCAUGGCUGCUUUUUUGAAGGUCACUGUGAGAAACUUCAACAACUUCAUGUGAAUCCUUCAAGUCUAAAUGCUUUGAAAAUGUAAAAAUGCUGCUCCAAAAGUCACCAGAAUAACACUGUAAAAAAAUAAAAUAAUUCUCAUGGGGGAGCAUGCCACCGAACCCCCAUACAUAAGACAGCACUAUGUGAUGGGUGAAUGAUGAAAGGCUAGAAAAACUCCUUGAAUGUAGGCUAUAUAGGCAUGUAACAAAAUAUAGACAUGCUAUUAUUUUUUUUUAUUUAUUUAUUUUUUUGUCAUUACAGUUGUCAUAAACAUCUUUGUACUGGUUUUGGUUUGCAUGUUUAUUUUUUUUUUAUAAAUUAAUUGCUUAUUAUAAUUAAGGGGGGGUGAUUUUGAACUAUUUUGAAUUCAUGGGGGUUUAAUCAUAGUCUAAAUCAGAUUUAUCUUACAUUUCUUAUUCUUACAUUAAGUUUUAAUUUGAAAGUAUAAGGUACAAACUAAAAAUUGAUGUCUGGGGUGUCAAGUUUUCAGGCUAAAUUGCAGACAUUUACAGUAACAUUUAGGGUUAAGGGUUCAGAACAAACUCAAUGUCUGCGCAAUAUCAAAAUAGUGUUGCCUUGGAAGCACACUAAGAACAGAAUAUUUGAGAAUCAUAAAUAUGUGCAAGCACUGAAAAAAAAAGAGAUGUUACUGGCAUGUGUUGUUGCAUGUGUGAUGCAGCAGGGGGAGUGACAGCACUGAAAUUUCUCAUGACGUCACACAGAGAGGAAAAAAGCACACACGAACAGCGCUGCCCCUUGAAAUUUCACAGUCAUGCCUCGGAUGGAUCUUUAGAACGAUCGCAGACCUCUGGAAAAACAACUGACAUCCGCUUAUUUCUAUCGCCUAACACGACAUGUCAAACAGAAUUUAAAAUCCACCCCUUUUUACGUCAACAUUUAGGUCUUUGUGUGGCACAAUGCCAGAGCAAAGCAACGAUUACCGGGUGGUUGUAUUUGGGGCUGGUGGGGUUGGCAAAAGCUCCCUGGUUUUGCGCUUUGUUAAGGGGACCUUUCGCGAGAGCUACAUCCCCACAAUUGAGGACACCUACAGGCAGGUGAUCAGCUGUGACAAGAGCAUCUGCACACUGCAGAUCACAGACACUACGGGCAGUCACCAGUUUCCUGCCAUGCAGCGUCUGUCCAUCUCCAAAGGUCACGCCUUCAUCCUGGUCUACUCCAUCACUAGCAAGCAGUCCCUGGAGGAGCUCAAGCCCAUCUUUGAGCAAGUCUGCCUGAUCAAGGGGGAUGUGGAGAACAUACCCAUCAUGCUAGUUGGCAACAAGAACGAUGAGACAAGUGGUCGUGAGGUGGAGAGCAGCGAUGGAGAGGCCAUGGCCAAGAGGUGGAAAUGUGCCUUCAUGGAGACAUCAGCUAAGGCCAAUCAUAACGUGAAGGAGCUCUUUCAAGAGCUUCUAAACCUGGAGAAACGCAGGACUGUUAGCCUUCAGAUUGACGGCAAGAAGAACAAGCAGCAAAAACGGGCCGAGAAGCUUAAGGGCAAAUGUGUGGUCAUGUGAGAAAACCAAAGAGUGUUUGGGAACCAAAAACAGGCAUUUUUUAUGAUAUUAAUACUCUGGCUAACACUGUUUACACAUGAAGGAGGAGGAAUUUUGGGCACACACUAAUUCAUAGUAGAGUUCCAGGAACAGGGGUCCAGUGAGAGAAUUGUUGGUCACGUAAAUGGUCUUAAAGGGUUAGUUCACCCAGAAAUGGUGAGUCAUUUACUCACCCUCAUGCCAUCCCAGAUGAGUAUGACUCUCUUUCAUCUGCUGAACACAAACGAAGAUUUUUUAGCAGAGUUUAUCAGCUCUGUGGUCCAUACAAUGCAAGUGAAUGGGUGCCAAAA